AUGUACUCAUCGGAGGAAGCGGUCAAGCUGAGGCGGCGAAACUAUCGCAGCGUCAAGGAGAUGAUCCGACUUUCCUACACGGUGGGCUUCAACUUGAUGGACCCCUCGCGCUGCGGGCAGAUGCUCAGAAUCUGGACGAUCGUCCUCAGCCUGAGCAGCUUGGCCUCGCUCUACGGCCACUGGCACAUGUUCCUCAAGUACAUCCAGGACAUCCCGCGCAUCGUGGAGACCGUCAGCACCGCUUUUCAGUUCCUCACCUCAAUAGCCAAAAUGUGGUUUUUCCUUUUCGCCCAUCGCCAGAUUUACGAUCUGUUUCGAAGGGCCCGUUGUCACGAGUUGCUGCAAAAGUGCGAGAUAUUCACAAGGAUGUCAGAUCUGCCUGUGGCCAAGACUCUUCGCCAGCAGUUUGAGUCCACGAUGGAUCGCUAUUGGGCCAGCACUCGUCGGCAACUUCUGACCUACUUGUACUGCUGCAUUGGCAUCACCUCGAACUACUUUAUUAGCUCUUUUGUCACAAACAUCUAUCGCUACCUCACCCGACCCAAGGGAUCCUACGACAUAGUGCUGCCGCUGCCUUCGCUUUAUCCAGCCUGGGUGGAUAAGGGAUUGUCAUUUCCCUACUAUUAUAUACAGAUGUACCUGGAAACCUGCUCUUUAUAUAUCUGUGGCAUGUGUGCUGUCAGCUUCGAUGGAGUUUUUAUUGUUCUGUGUCUUCACAGCGUUGGGCUUAUGAAAUCGCUUAAUAAAAUGGUGAGCUACUCCACAUCGGAGUUGGUUCCACCAGAUCGCAGGGUGGAGUAUCUUCGGUGCUGCAUCUACCAAUAUCAACGAGUGGCUGACUUUGCAGCGGAGGUCAACGACUGCUACCGGCACAUCACCUUCUCGCAGUUCCUGCUCAGCCUGUUCGGAUGGGGCCUGAGCCUGUUCCAGAUGAGCGUGGGGCUGGGCAGCAACAGCAGCAUCACCACGAUCCGGAUGACCAUGUCCCUCGCCGCAUCCGGCUACCAGAUAGUGGUCUACUGCUACAACGGGCAGCGGUUCACGACGGCGAGCGAGCAGAUUGGCCAGGCCUUCUACGAGGUGGACUGGUUCGGGGAGAGCCGGGAGUUCCGCCAGCUGGUCAGCAUGAUGCUGAUGCGCACGAACCGGGGCUUCAGGCUGGACGUGUCCUGGUUCAUGCAAAUGUCCCUGCCCACGCUGAUGGCGAUGGUCCGGACAAGUGGACAGUACUUCCUGCUCCUGCAGAACGUCAGUCAGAAGUAG